AUGUUCGGGGGCCGGGCCAGGUGCGUGCGGGGCUCGGGGCCGCGGGGCCUCGGCAUGGGCACGGCCGGCCACCGCUCCGGCACGGCCGGCCACCGCCCGGCCACCGCUCCGGCACGGCUGGCCACCCCCCGGCCACCGCUCCCCGGUGGGCGAGCUCGCUCCCCUGGGUGGGAGGGCGUGUCCCUCCGUGCGCCCCUCGGGGGUUGGGAGGCUGGUACGUUAAAUGGCUGUUGGUUCAAUGCCCUUUUGCCCCUUGUCCCGCCCAGUCCUCUCUUCCUGGACACUUCAGAGAUCUGGUGGCAGGACCCACCGUCCCUGCAAGCGGAGGCGGCGCCCUGGGACGUGGCAGAGGUGGCAGCCGUGUGCAAGGCAGCUGAUGAGGGCUCAGACCCGAGUCCCCAGGAGGGGAACAGCGCGGAGGAGCAGGAUGUUCAGGACCCGGAGCUGGAGGCCAUCAAAGCCAAACUGCGGGAAAUAGAGAAGGAGGAUGAGAGGCUGAAGGAGCUGCAGCUGGAAGCUGAGAACCACCUGUUCGUGAGCUCAGAAGCAGCUCUCUUCCCACUGACAACCAAGGAGAAGAUGGAGGCUGACCAGCGUUCCAUCUACGUGGGCAAUGUGGAUUACGGGGGCACAGCAGAAGAGCUGGAGUCUCACUUCAACAGCUGUGGGCAGAUCAACCGCGUCACCAUCCUCUGUGACAAGUUCUCGGGCCACCCCAAAGGCUAUGCCUACAUCGAGUUUGAGGAGCAGAGCUCUGUGAAGGCUGCGGUGGAGCUGGACGAGAGCGUGUUCAGGGGCCGUGUCAUCAAGGUGCUGCCCAAGAGGACCAACAUGCCCGGCAUCAGCAGCACGGACCGCGGGGGAUACCGGGGCUGCUUCCACGCCCGGGGAGGGCUGGGCCGCUGGGGGGGCCCCUACGGGCAGCAGCCCCGCGUGAGAGGGAGGACCUACAGGGGUCGGGCAAGGCUGCUGCCUUGGUAUUUUCCAUACUAGAAGAGGCUGGACUGCCUGGCAAUGCCAAUGGGACUGAAACGAGGAGAUGGGAUUGGAGAGAUUUAAAAAUAUGCCUGCCCAAGCCAAAAAACAGAUUAAUUUUAAAAAUGCCAUCUGCCUGGCCGUGAGGAUUACUGGUGAGCCCUGUGCUGGGCUGCAGGAGGGAAGAUGGGAUCUGCUCCAUCCUCCCAGCACCCAGGAGAGCUCAUCCCACCUCAGCUCUGCCCAGGGGGCUGUGUUUGCACGGAGAACAGGCUCAUUCCAGAGAACACUGUCCUGGGAAGGGAAGAGCUCUCCCAGACCAUCAAGUCUCAUCCCAUGGAAAAGGGCUGUCCUGGAGGGCUUGGUUUGGCUCCUGCCUUGACUGCAUGCCUUCCAUGCCACUGCUUGGCCAUGAACUUCCUCAGCUCUUCCUACAGCAGCUGGAUGCUCAGCCUUCUCUUCUAAGAGCCUAAAGACUGUUUCCUGUCCCAAAUCCAUGGAGAAAGUUUUGGGUUGCAGCUCCAGAUCUGAUUGCUGGGGAGAUUUCCUUCAUCAGCCUUGGCUGUGACCUUCCUCUUGGGGAGCCUGAUGUGGUUUGGGUCUGGUUUUUAGCUUGCUACAUUUGUACAUCCUGGACAGGGAAAAAGCAUCUCUUGUUUCUCUGGAAGCUUCUGUAUCUCUGUGGCACUUCAACAAGACCUGGGUAUCACAAAAUCCUUCUUUUUUAGUUUGGCUGUCAGCAAACCCCUCUUCCCUCCCUCCUGCUUUUAUUCUAAGCUCCAGCUGUCAAAGGGUGCUGGCAACUCCUCACUUGACUUUAUUUCUUGCAUAGCAGCGUUACAGAAUCACCUUCAGUGGUGCAGGUUUGGUCUGGCCUCCCUCUUCAUUCCCAUCACCACUCCUGCUCUGGAGUCAAUUUGGGGAUGGUGGGAGCCCUGCAGGAGGCUCAGGACCAAAGAGCACCACAGGAGCUGGGUACCAGGGAAAAGAAGGGUCCUGGCUCUUCCCCUUCCUGCUGGAUUUGUGUUUAUGCAGCCUCGUGUUUUUAAAGGAAAAGCUUUGUGUUAGAAUGGGCAGGCUGGGAACCCGGGCAGACAGCAUUCCUGGGAGAAGUUCUGCAUGGAAAUGGGUUUUAUUAUGUAAUUCUCCCUCUAAUCUUUCAGGAUCCUUGGUUAGGAUUCCUCCAACCCAGAUGCAGCAGAUGCAACUGACUCCUAAAGCAGCUUUUCACAGCUCAGGGGCAUUGCCAGGCUAAAAAUCCCACUGAUUUUUUUUCCCCCCCUUUAAGAUCUCUAGACUUUUUUUAAAGCUUGGGGCCUUAACUCUUCAUGUUGUAUUGAUAUUGUCCUCAGAGCUGCUGAGAUUGACCUUGAUUUGAGCUACCCUUAGGCUUAGACUAUAAACCAGCUUUUUCUAGGGCUUCUGUUUGAUAGGAUUAUAAAAUUUUGAGGCUUAUUUUUUAAUAAAAAACUACUUUGGGGUGUUUGGACUCUCUUGUGGAAGAGACAACAUUGAGCUGCCAUCUCUGUGAGUGAAAACAGCCAAAUUUUUUAGAUGAAAAUGUUUUGUGGAUAACAGUGCACAGCUGUGCCUUGUGGAGAUGGUGGGAGAGGCUUGAACCUCCCAUGAUAUUCCAGGUGGUUGCUGAUAAAAUGUACUUAAGUUCUGUUUGAGAAAGUAUUUGUAACUGUUACUUAUUUUUAAAAUAAAUGAUCCU